CAUUUUCAACAUAAAUAGGUUGGUGAGGAUGAAUUUGGAUAUAUGCUUGCUGAUAUACUCAAGGAAAAUAAUGUAAACAACCAAGGGAUGCGUUUUGACCCUGGUGCACGUACUGCCUUAGCAUUUGUUACACUGAGGAGUGACGGAGAGCGAGAGUUCAUGUUUUAUCGUAAUCCCAGUGCUGAUAUGCUGCUCCAAGAAGAUGAACUAGACUUGGACUUAAUCAGAAAGGCCAAGAUCUUUCAUUACGGGUCGAUCAGUCUUAUAACAGAAUCAUGCAAAUCGGCACAUAUAGCUGCUGCAAAGGCAGCAAAAGAUGCCGGCGUAUUUCUGUCUUAUGACCCUAACCUGCGGCUUCCUUUAUGGCCUUCUGCAGAUAGUGCUAGAGAAGGGAUUCUGAGUAUAUGGGAGACUGCAGAUAUCAUCAAGAUAAGUGAAGAAGAGAUUUCAUUUCUUACAAAUGGUGAAAAUCCAUACGAUGACGCCGUUGUACGAAAACUUUUCCAUCCAAACCUCAAGCUACUGCUUGUUACUGAAGGUUCAGAAGGCUGCAGAUAUUACACCAAGACAUCUGGUGAUUCUGCUGAGAAACUUGGCCUUCUUUGUUGGGGUAGCACAAUUUGUUGGGUAGUAAUGACAUAA